CUCUCUCUCUCUCUAAAAAUAAAUAAAAAAUCUUAAAAAAAGAAAGUGAGUAGUCUAGCAAAAGUUUUUGAAAUUGAGCAUUUUAUCGCGCUUAUCUGUUAUGAUCAUCAGAGAGCAAGGUCUGUGUCUUCUGUUCCAGUGUCUGGGACACAGCAUGCACUUGAUUAAUUAAAAAUAACAGCCAACAGCAACCACAACACUAAGACUAGCAGCCAGCACUUACCGAGCUCUGACCACACUCUGGGCACUUGACGUUGAAUAAUAUCACCAUGGCCAGACAGCCCUAGGAACCCACGCUGUCAGCAUGCCUCCCUGUCAUCCAGGCGUGAGGACACGGACACAGAGGUCCCAGAGCUUCUACCUUCAAGACCAGAUCCUGAACCCAGACAGGCUAUCCCCUACCUGUGUGAUUUGCCUGGAGGAGAAAUCACUGAAGGGUGACCUGAAGCAAGUCAUCGCGAGUGGGUGUCGAUAAUAGUGAAACCAACACAGUGUCUUCUGCCUUCCAGAAAAAGCUCCCUCUGACCACUCUCGCGCAGAACAUGCAAGAAGCGUCUACUCAGCUGGAGGAGUCUCUGCUGCGGAAGAUGCUGGAGACGUGUGGCGAUACUGAGAAUCAGCUGGCUCUAGAACCUACUCAGCAUGAAGUCUUUGUUGAGAGAGAGAUUGUGGAACCUCUGUGCAGCAUAGCAGAGGUGGAGAUUCCCAACAUCCAAAAACAGAAGAAGCAGUUCGCCAAAUUGGUGUUAGACUGGGAUUCGGUCAGAGCCAGGUGGAACCAGGCUCACAAAUCUUCAGGAACCAACUUCCAGGGGCUUCCGUCAAAAAUAGGUACCCUAAAGGAAGAGAUGGAUGAAGCUGGAAAUAAAGUAGAACUGUGCAAGGUAUAAGACUUCCCUGAUAAAUACGUAGCUGCAUCAGUCUGGUUCUUGCAAAUGACAGGUGAAAGGUCAAAUAUUGCAGAUUAUUUAGUGUUUCACAUAAGUCCUAUCAGAAUACUCCAAAUGAUAGGAAAUGUGGGUUUUAAUUUCUUCUUUCUUUUUUUUCUAAGAUCCUGCAUUACGUUAUAAUCAGAAUAAAACAUUCUUUUAAAAAAAAUUCAAGUGGGGGUGCCUGCGUGGCUCAGUUGGUUAAG